AUGAAGGGGCUGCUCGAAGGCAUGGAGCUGACCCAUAGCCUUCAAAUGGAGAGUCUGCUGGCAACGAGCGUCCCAAAAUCUCGCCUGGACACGUACAUCCUUGCGGGAGUCCAGAGGUACCUGGGGUCAUCCGAGUUCGCCCUCGGGAUAAACUACGUCAUGGACCCCGCCAUGAAAAGGGGAGCGAGGAAGGUCGUCAUGGAAAUCAAGGCGGCCCAGAGGAAGAACGAGGACAUCCAGCCCAUCCUCAACAAAUAUGCUGAUAGGAAGAUGAAGGGGAAGACGUUAGCAGUAUGGUUGCGGUGCAAGGCCAGGAAGCACUUUCGGGAUAUGGACUUCGCAGAUCUCCCAAUCAUGCAACAUAUCGUCGGGACUUGCCCCUCCGUCUUGAUGCCCGAGAACAUUCUAAAUAUCCCGGGCAACCCUUCGUUCGUCUUCCAGAUGCCAAGGGGGAUGCAGACGCCUCCGAGCACGCCACCGGGGCCCGAUGAGGAGCCAGAGAUAGUUGCAUCUGUACCUCCACCCCAAGGGCACAACUCCAUAAGCCGAGGAGGAGGGGGAACUUCGACCGACUCCAACACCAACAGCGGGGACAAGGUGAACGAUGCGUAGGGUUAGGAUUCCUAGUGAUCACCUGUCUUUGGGGCUCUCCCCAUUGUAUCUAUGAGUUUUAAC